AAGAUGAUCGUGGAAAUCUUGUUACUUACAAAAGCCAAACCCCAAGGUUCUUGUAUGAUGAAGGAAGCUUGUCGCCCGCGGCCAUGAUUCCCUGAUUGGUAGAGGCCAGCUUAUCUCCGAGAUUCAUCAUUCGCGCUGUAGUGGCCUGAGGUACGUUGCAUCUGUCUACGUGCAAGUGGCGUACAGGUGGCGUGCAGGUGGAGGACUACACUCUAAGCGCUAUGGUCAUCCAACUGAUAAAUACAGCGCAAGCCUGCGUAAAUCAUCAUCAUCAACAUGGGUGCCAGUACCUCAGUCAUCCCAUCCGCGUCUCAGUCCCUGGGUGCCUCGGGUAAGCUAUCCGCAAGCACUCAGUCUGGGCGAGCAUCGCAGAACUUCGCGGCGGUCGUCGGCGUUUUCAUGAGGGCAUACGAAAACGGGGACAUCAAUGUACCCGAGAUCAAGGCAGCUAUUGAAGGCCUCUCGGUCGCGCUGGAUAAAGAUCCCAAGCUGAAGUCUGCGGUCGAUCUGAGCUUCAUCGCGAAAUUAAAAGACUGGAAAAAAGGAAAUGAGCAUUUGUUCCCGCAUGUCCAGCUUGCCGUGUACUGUGCCAAAGAGGUCUACGACUUAAGAACCAAACAAGCCAUCGACGACCGAAAGGCGAAGCAACCCCCUGGCUCACAGUCAAAACUUGUAGAGGGUGCACCUGCUGAACUUCUCAAGGGGGACCCGGCCAGCUACUUGCAGAACACAAAGAACUGGGCCCUGUUCAAAGACGCCAAAAGUAACAACCUGUACUUCUCCGUUAGAGGAACGUCGACGACUGGUUUUGCUGCUGUGAUUGACAACCUGACCAACGCGGACGCCGACGCGAAACUGACUAUCGAGUUCGACACAGGCACCCAGAAUCAAGGGAAGUUCAAAGCCCACAGAGGCUUCUUGGAGGUGGCAGAAGCUAUGUUCCCGACGACAAAGGCUGCUGUCUUGAACGCAGCAAAAGGGCUGACCCCGAAACCCACCCUGGUGUUCUGCGGACACUCUGCGGGCGGCGGGACUGCCUUUUUCUUAUACCAUUUUUUCCAAAUGCGUACAACUCAGGCAGAAAGAGACACAUUCCAAGCUGUACACUGCAUGACUUUCGGCUCAGCAGCGAUUGCCUCCAUCCCCAAUCCAGUCCACAGCAAGCGUACCGAUGACCGUAUCCUCUCCUUCAUCAACGUAAACGAUCCCGUCCCAAGAGCUGAAUUACCAUACGCAGAUUGGCUCGCCGAAACGCUUGGAAGGUAUCUCGCCAUCCGACAGGGAAACACCAAUGUCCCGCCAUACUCGGCUCUCCCAAACCAGAUUCUCUACCCUGGUGGCGAGAUGGUCCUCCUCGACGAAGGUGGCGAAGUCGCCGGGAAGCUAGAACCAGGAACUCUCAGCGGGAAGGCUUUUCUUGAUUUGGCGGCGCACAAUAGCCUCGGGUAUAAAAAUAUCGUGUCACAAUUGCUCAAGUAAAUUUUCGUAGAAAGCGAUGUCUAACGACGAGAUGGUAGGUGUGUAUGUUGAGUAGCUUCUGUGUCAAAUCUGUAUAUUUUCUUUGAGCCGCGAAUUAUUUUCGACAUAAACCACAUAACGUUUUGGGUGGCUCUCAACAUGUCAUAUCGAUUGCGCCACCACUCCUCUCCGACAUGCAAAUCCGUCUGAGAUUGUCUGCAAACUUGAUAAGUAUGACGUGACUUUUCUUCACUGUCAAAUUUGUCAGUGACAACGAGGAUUGUUUCUCCGGACUUCAGGUCGGGAGUAGUAGUGUUGUUAUCGAGAAUAUUCACACCAUGAGCGGCGACGUUUGUAGAAAAAUAGAGCAGCGUGCCCUCGCGUUGAGAGGGGGGAAUGAAUGCACAGGAAUGCCAUGAAGAAAGGUUUAUAAACAGGACGAAUGAGAACUCACGGGAAAUUGAAUUACGAAGCCUCAAACAUUUAGCAUGAUGAUAGAAUGGCAGAGUGAGCCCUGCAGACGUUGAGUAAUUCAGGAUGAUCAGGACCAAUUCUACUCGUCGACGCCUGGGGUUGUAGAUCGUUCCUGCUUGAAAUAUGCCAAUUUGCUCUGGUCAUAUUCAAAGACGAACCGAGGCUGCCUGUGGUUC